AUGAGCACUUGGAUUAGCAAAGAGGCCCAUAAGUCAUAUCAACUUCUUUACUCAUUUCUACACCAAAGACCCAUUCAUUUGAUGCUUAGACUUAAGAUCGAGGCCUUCAUUGGGAAGCUGUCGGGACCUGAGAUCAGCUUUUAUUGCUAUGACUUGAUUACCAUGAUCAUGGACCAGGACCAAUUGAGAUCUGUAAUGGUCAAAAGUAUCCGGUCUAAUGUUACCAAACGAUUUGAUGACAUGUCGAGUGUCUUAUGUGCGGAUAAAUUGCAGAUAAGUGAUGACCAGUUGGCAGAACUCAGGACCCAAUGUGAGUCCAAUAACGCCACUUCUAGAGACGAAGUGCUCAAAACAUGUCUCAACACAAAGGAGUUGACGGACCGCCAGAAAAUGACAUCAAUUUGCGGGACACAGAAGACCUGUAUUGUCGACCAUUGGGUUAAAGUCUACGAAAACGCGAAACCAGAAGAUUUGAAGAGAUUUUUCGAUAUGUGUCAAAAGUAUAUCUGUUGCAUUAAAAAAGUGCUCAAGGUAAAUUAAAGUAUGCUUCCCACCGACUGUCCCAACUCGAUGGC